AUGCUCGAUGAUGUCCAGAGGAGGGCUGUCCGACUGAUCGACGACUCUUCUCUAACAGACAGUCUCGAAACCCUUUCACACCGGAGGUCUGUCGGCUAUCUAGCUCUCUUCUACCGCUACACCAACGGGCUAUGCUCCUCAGCGCUCUCUUCCAUGAUGCCGCCGCACGAUGUGCCUGCCAGACAGACCCGCCUGUCUUUAGCCGCCCAUCCUAACCGAUGCGAACUUCCAGAACUGGCCGAUGCGACCGCUCCUUUGUCCCGGGGGUGUCGAGAUUGUGGAACGAUCUACAAAAGGAAGCUUUUCCCAGUUCUACUAACCUCAGGCAGUUCAAAAAUCGGAUUAACAAAAUUUCUUUGGGAUCUUCAUAGCAACCGCGGUGUCCCGGCAUUUAGGCUUCUUCUUCGAUAAAUCACAGAAUCAGCAAAACAUUACGAUGAGGUCUAAUUAGUUACUGUUUCUAUGAUCUUCAUUUGUUUAAUCUAUCCCAAUAUCUUGUAGAGUUUUUUAAACCAUUUGCGAACGAUAUCAUCUUUAAGGUGUACUGUUGCACCACCAUGCCCUCAUAUGUGUUUCAUUAUUUCCGCAGAAUACACAUAGUGUCAUCAUCACAAGCUUUUAUAAUUCAAUAAAUAGGUCAAAACGCUUAUUUUCACCUAUUGAUGCUUACGUAAGUUUACAAAACUAGUUUGAUUACAAACUCCUAUAAUUGAUCCAUACUAAAAUGUAUUGCCGUAUCAAAUAUCACUGCAUCUAAUGGUGAAUCUGUAGCUCAAACUCAUAGAGAGAGUAUCAAUCUGUUUGAUAGUAUACUGAAUUGGUAAAAAAAUGUUAUACUACUGUGUUAAAAUGAAAUCAAUUUAACAAUACAUUAAACGAUUUUUUGAUAGCAAAGGUAUCAACAGAACUACUAAGAUUGUUUUAAUUUUGAUGUGUGAAUUUAUCUUCUAAUUUGUAAUUGAAAUAUUUCACUAUAUCUACUCUGUGAUAUAUUUUGCCAUAAAUAUUGGCGAAAUAUUAUCAAACGGUAUACUUUUUGUGGCUGGUUUUCCAAAUUCCUAAUGUAAGUAUGCAUGCCUUAAUAUUGAAUAUAUUUUUUAUUUGAAUAUUUCACAAUAAUUUAUGAAGCAAUUGAUUUUAUCAUUUUUUAAAUAAAGUGUACAUAUUGUAAGAUGUGUGCUGAUUUGAACUGUAUUGUGACCAAUGAUAAUACAGCAAUAAGCAAAAAAAUGAAUAAAGUUAUUUCCUAGCUGAGUGGACA